UUUCAUCGUCCAUUUUCUUCCGGCGUUUCAACGAGGAAGGUUCAACGCGUCCUCUAUCUUGAAAAGAAUGAGCGAAUAUGUUGAAAAUGCUGAAUCGAUCGUGGGCCACGUGGCAAAGCGUCUCACGCCGGAGGAAAUCAAUAAAAUGCGGGCGCAGGAUUCUCGCUUGGUGACUGAAUUUCACGCGAAUCAGCUUGAGAGAGACGCGAAAAAGCACUGGGAUUUGUUUUACAAGCGGAACGAUACCAGAUUCUUCAAAGAUAGACACUGGACCACGCGGGAAUUCGAUGAGUUGCUGGGUUUGGGCGGCAACGGAAAUCAAAAUGUCCUCUUCGAGGUGGGCUGUGGGGUCGGCAAUUUCGUUUAUCCAUUGAUAGAGGACGGAUUGAACUUUCGGAGAAUAUUUGUAUGCGAUUUAUCCACAAGGGCGAUCGAGUUAUUAAAGAGUCAUACGUUAUUCGAUCCGGAAACAAUGAAAGCUUUUCAAGCAGAUAUUACGUUAGAAAACUGUUUUGCUGAAAUUGAUUAUUCAGUUGAUGUUGCAACUUUGAUCUUUGUAUUAUCAGCUAUUCAUCCUGAUAAAUUUCACAAAGUUGUCCAAAAUAUAUACAACAUUCUUGGUAGUGGAGGAAUCUUGCUCUUUAGAGAUUACGGGUUGUAUGAUAUGGCACAAUUACGUUUUAAACCUGGGCACAAAAUCAGUGAGAAUCUCUAUAUGCGGCAAGAUGGAACCAGGAGUUAUUAUUUCUCUAUAGAACAAGUAGCAUGUCUAUUUGAAUCUGUCGGUUUUCAAACAUUAGAUUGUGACUACAUACAGAGACGUACAGUAAAUUUAAAGGAGAAUAUUGAUGUUCCGAGAAUCUUUGUUCAGGCAAAAUUUAAGAAACUUUGAAUAUGUAAUAAUGAAAUGGUACUGCAAUUUAGCAGCACUUAUGACAAAUUGCAUAUGAGAAAAAUUUAAUUCUCUGAUAGAAAUAUGGCGCAGUCUACAUUCAAGAUGUCUCACACGACAAAUUGAAAAAAAGAAAUACUUUUUCAUACAGCACACUUCAUCGCAAAGAUAUUCUUGCGAAUGUUCAGAAUAUUCAUUGGAUAUUUGUGCUAUAUGGGUUUUUAAAUAAGGUAUUUAAAUAUGACGAGUUGAGAAAAAGGAGUAUCUUUCAAAUAUAUGAUAAAAAAAAUAAGGAUGAUUUAUGAUUCUAAGAGCGUUGACUCGUUAUAGAUAUCUUGAUGUGAAUCUGUUUUUAUAUUAUAUGCUUUGGUUUACGAAAAACUGAUUAAAGAGUUAAACAUUGUGCAAAAGUUUGAGAUAAUUUUUUUGGGAACAAUAAAUUAAUACAAGUACAAAAUAAUGUAUAUGGUUUAUUGAUUGUGCGAUAUGGCAUGGAUACAAACACACACACAACAUCAAUCAAUUUUUAUUAAAAUAUUGAAGUGUUUUUAUUUAAUUUUAUAAAUAAAAUUUUAUCGUUACAUAGAACAUUUAUCUAAUUCUUACAUUUAUCUCCCAUACUUUUAGCACAAUUGAAUUCUUUCUAUUUAUGUCUGUUAUUCAAACAAAAAUAUAUAAUCAAUUUGUAUAAUAAUAUUGUUUAUAAAAUUUUAACUUGA